AUGGUCAGAUUUGAAAAUGUGUCAAACUGUUCAGAGAACUUCAAAGAUGAUGCUGGAAGGCCUUGUCCAAGACAUCACGCGUUGUCAGGGAAGUUGCAGGAGGUUCAGCGAAGAGAGGCUUGUUUAAUACGGCAACUUGCUGAGUUGCAGGAGAAAAAUCAAGUCUUGACGUCAAGGUUGGAAGCAACGUCCUCUACGUUGCGGAGGGCAUUGGAAGAACGAGACGAAGCGCUGGUUCAGAAGAGGAAGGAGGUGUUUUGCAGGCAGCAGCUUGAGAAGCAAAUGCAAGAUCUCAUAGUCAACAAGAACCCGGUCAAGGAAGAAACAAAAGGCACACACGAGCAAGACAAGACGAGUCAGAAAGACUUCAAAGUGUUGGAGGCUCUGAACUCCAUGGCAAGGUCCCUUCAAGGCUUUCAAAGUAUCCUUGCAGACGCGCUAGUUCAGGGGGGUAGCACGCCCCCCAACUCCCAGGAGAUGCAAGACAGGCUAUCAGAACCAUGUUCAACCAUGGAGAACUCCUUGCUGCAACUUUGCAGACAUCUGCAUGUCUCGGAGGAAGAGAGUGAAGAUAAGAGUCCCAAGACAGGCAAGAACAAGCAGAUGACAGUGAGGUCAAGAAAUCCCUCAGAUGAACGUCCUCUUUCCUUGCAUCAGCCACCUGACGCUGCUCGCCAUGGAGCCCAAUCCCAGUCAUUGCACACGAUAGGGACGCAGACCCAGGACUUCAGUGAGGAUACAGAUGUCUGUAACGGGGGAGGAGGAGCCCCGAACAGACCGCAGGGACGGGCUAUGUUGUCUGCUGCUGUGAGUUGGAAACUUGGGAUACCGCCCCUUGUGCUGAUAUCUUCAACCACGCAGAGGAGGAGGCAACAGGACAAGCUGACACAGACCAAGUCAGUCGAGAGUUCUAGUGAUACAAGCUCCUCCUCCUCCUCGGAAGGUCUCCGUGGACACGUCAGGACUGCCGCAUCCCUGCUGCCGAUCUCUGACUAUGACUUCCGCCAGGUGCACGACGUUCUGAAACAGAAGCCGGAGAUCUUGAGGAGCAGGACCUUAUCCAGGGCACCUGACCCGAAGUCUAAAGCUGUUCCCACGACAUGCCCAGCUGCCAAAGAGCUGCCGCGAACAAAGUAG